AUGGAGAUUGAAGUGUUCAUCGUUUCAAAUGGCAAGAUUGAGAAAAGAGCUAUGGGUGGCGAUGUGGAUGACGAUGAAAAUGGACAAGUGUUGUUGCGGUCCGGAGUCAGUGGGUUAUCAUUAUCAGCACUCUUGGAUUAUAAUGGACUGGCCGCCCUGAAAUCUGCCCAGUAUUUUCGAAGAACACGAAUUUCCUAUCGAUUGGUUGUGAAAUGUCAAGUACUUCAAGUGAUGCCAGCAGCACCAACUCCAUUAUACAAUUGCUCAAAGCAAGAGAUCAUCCGCACCGGGGGAUCAAAGCUGCUAACUACAGGAAUGCAAGAGGCGGAGCCGGGCGGAGGACUUGGAGGGAGGGAUCGACUGCACAUCCUAUAA